AUGACCCGACCAACCCAACCCUCACGCCGAUUAUUAAUCUUCCAAGAAGCGCGCAAUCCAGCAAACACGGCGGAAAUCGCCUAUUUACCCGUCAACAAGCUCGGUCUCCCAAUUUGUGGGGAGGGCCCGGUUUUGCCGGAUAUUUUGGAAUUGCCUUUGCGUAUUGUUAAGGCUUUUACGGAGAUUUUUAAUCAGCCUAAGUAUAAGGGGUGGUCUGUUCGCUCGGCGGGUCCAUAUCAUGAUACUUCUGAAGAAGGGAAAUUUUAUGCGGUUGUUUUGGAGCAGAUUCAGGGUCAUCAGGAGAUGAGUGCGGGGAGUGCGGGAUCGCCGUAG